CCCGCCCUCCUCCGACCAACCGCCCGCCCAUUUCCCGAACCCAACGCGGCCGACGAGCCGAACCCUCCCUCAAUGACUCCGUGCUCCCGCAGACCUAGCGCAGGGGAGGUGUAGCCCAUGGGGAUCACGGAGGAGCAGCGCCUCCGCAUCGAGGCCAACCGCCUCGCCGCCCUUGAGAGGCGCAAGCGCUACGCGGAAGCCGCCGCCGCCGCCGCCGAUGCCGAUGCCUCGGCGGUGUGGAGGCUCGCCAAGUGCCCAAGAUUCGCUCCGCCUCAGCCUCCGCCGCCGCCGCAGCCCCCGGUGGGGUUCAAGGUGGUGCUGGAGGUGUGCAGCCCCGAGGAUUUCUCGGUGGCGGUGGGGCCCGCCGACGGCGUGGCCUACCCCGGCGAGGCCGAGUGCCUCCGCGCCGUCCAAGAUUGCGUCGCUUCGGCUGUACCAUUCUCUACAACACAAAGUCAAAGCGGCCAUCUUUUCUCUGUCUUUAAGCUCAUGGAUCAUGAGCUGGUGUUAAAAUGCCUGAAGAAGUUGCCUGGAGUUGCUGUGCAAGAUAUACCUUACAAAACAAGGAAUGUUAUUAAGAACCUCCCUAAGUUCUUUGCUGAAAGCUGCGCUUCUGAUAAAGAAGUUGAUGAGCUUCUCACAAAGUUGCCACAGCACUUGCGAGAUGCACUCCUACCCUUUCAACUUGAAGGUGUGAGGUUUGGGCUUCAAAGGAAUGGGCGGUGCCUUAUUGCAGAUGAGAUGGGGCUUGGUAAGACUCUCCAGGCAAUUGCAAUAGCUUGCUGCUACAAGGAUGAGGGCCCCGUGUUAAUAGUGUGCCCAGCUGUUUUGCGCUAUACAUGGGCAGAGGAAUUGGAAAGAUGGGAUCCUUCAUUUCUGCCGAAAGAUAUUCAUCUCGUGUUUGGUCAUCAAGGCAGUCUUGAACGUUUAGGAGCUUGUCCGAGGGCAGUGGUUAUUUCAUAUCAGAUGCUAAGCCGCCUUCGCACAAGCAUGAUGAAUAGGAGAUGGGCACUGAUGAUUGUUGAUGAAUCGCACAACAUUCGCUGCACACAGAAAAAGCAUGAAAAAAAUGAGACACAAGCUGUACUGGAACUAGCGCCAAAUAUCAGUCGCAUUGUGCUUCUCUCUGGGACACCCUCUUUGUCAAGACCUUUUGACAUCUAUCAUCAGAUAAACAUACUAUGGCCCCAUUUGCUUGGCAGCGAUAAAUUUGACUUUGCAAACAAAUAUUGCUUGCCACAUACUGUUCGAGGCUUCAAGGGGAGAACUUACCGGGAUUUUUCAAAGGGUGUUCGGUUGACAGAGUUAAAUGUUUUGCUCAGUCAGACUCUCAUGAUUAGGCGCUUGAAGGAGCAUUUGUUGAAUGAACUACCUCCCAAGCGUCGGCAGAUUAUUAGGUUGAAACUGGAUGCAUCAGAUAUCAAGACAGCUACAUCAUCUUGUAUCAAAGGGGUGAACACUAGCAAUGAGAUUCCAACAAUUGUCUCACCAGACAAUAGCAAUGACUGUGAGGAGGUGAACUUGGAAGAAGCUGAUUGUUGCAAGAAAUCUCCAAGGGACCUCAGUGCACAAGAAAUUGGUAUUGCAAAAAUACCUGGGUUCAGUGAGUGGUUCUUAAAUCAUUUCAUAAUGAAAGAACCAGCUGAUAAUGAUAGUCUGAACUCUCAGUCUUGCCAGAAAACAAUAAUUUUUGCCCAUCAUUUAAAGGUCCUAGAUGGAGUGCAGGUGUUUGUCACAGAGCAGGGGAUCAAGUUUGUCCGCAUUGAUGGCAGCACAUUUCCUAGGGAAAGGAAAGAUGCUGUCGAUUCUUUUCGUUUAAAUCCAGAGGUAAAGGUUGCAAUUAUUGGAAUUACUGCUGGUGGUGUUGGUUUAGAUUUCUCAUCUGCUCAGAAUGUUGUUUUCGUGGAGCUCCCAAAAUCAGCUUCAGAGUUGCUUCAGGCUGAGGAUAGAGCUCAUAGGCGAGGUCAAACAAAUGCUGUCAACAUAUAUAUAUUCUGUGCAAAGAACACAUCAGAUGAAUUACAUUGGCUUCAUUUGAACCAGAGUCUGUUCCGGGUCUCAUCAUUGAUGAAUGGAAAGAAAGAUGCUAUAAGAGAGAUUGAGGUUGAUCAAGUUUACCACCUUGAGGAAAGCAGUAAAGCCGAGGGAAAAACACAGCAUUUGUGUCUUCCUUUGGAGAAUCAUAAUGCAGAUUGUGGGAAUGGACCAGAACAGAAUUUAGAAAGUGAUGAUAUGUCCAUUGAGAAUCUUCCUGGCCUCAAUGAGAUCGAUUUUGAGUCAGAUUUCUUCAGUAUUAGGACAAUUCCUCUUCACUUUGAGGAUGAAAGCCUUCAUACAGUAAUGCAAAGUAAUCCAUCACCAACAGCACGUGAAGAAAUAGCUUGCAAUAGUUCCAUCUCACAAGCUUCAGUUGUUUGCCCUUCAAUUUCAAGCGCUAAAUCAGUAAAGGCUCGUCGGAGGCUUUCUGAAAUUUUUCAGACUUUAGGCCUUCCGGCAACUACGGAUUGCCAUAUUCAAGUGAAGUUUCUGCGAUUUGAGGUUAGCCAGCACACAGGCCGAAUUCAUGUGUACAUAUGUGUUCCUGGGCAUGAUUCAAGACCCAGACCACUUUUUGAAAACUUCCUGCCAGAAGAAGUAGAUUCACCUUUAUGUUCUGAUAAUGCCAAAAAAGCAAGAAAUCUGCUCUUGAAGAGGGAUCCUGCAUUUUGCAAUACAUUCAAAGCAUUCGUGAAGGAAUGGUUGGCGUUAAGACCAAUUGAGCAGAAGAGACUACUGGGAAAGCCCUUACAGCUUCCCUUGAGCCUUGAGUUGUGCUACCAGAACGAUAACAUCAACCACAGCACGAAAGGGUUGCUUAAAGGGGGGAGUAAGAGGCGUGUAACACCAUUGUGUGAUGUUAGUAAUCCUUUGCCAGAGAAUGCUGAAUGGAGAAAUGUGGUUUUGCAUAAUGGAACAACUAAAGAGAGAGUGUACACUCAAGCCUGGACUGUUCACGAUGAACCUCUCUGCAAAUUAUGUCAAGAACCUUGCAAUGGAGAGAUUGCAAAGUCACCUGAAUAUUUUGAAGAUCUAUUCUGUGGUCUGUCUUGCUUUGAGGUGUACAGAUCAAGAACUAGUAACAGAUUCUUGCGGAAGGAACUAUUUGAAGUUGAACAUGGUAUAUGCUCCAAGUGCAACCUAGACUGUCAAAAGCUUGUCAAGCAUAUCAAACCCUUAUGCAAGGAAAAGAGAGCAGAAUACAUUAGGAAUGUUGCUCCAAAUAUUGCAGGAAGAUCAAAAUUGCUAGAUAAGCUUGUCCGUGAGCCAAGUGAGGGUAAUGCUUGGCACGCAGAUCAUAUAGUACCUGUAUAUAGAGGAGGAGGGGAAUGCACACUUGAGAAUUUGAGAACUCUAUGUGUGGCUUGUCAUUAUGAGGUCACAAGGGCACAGCAAAAGGAGCGAAAGGAACUGACAAAGAGAGCUAAAGAGCUUUUGAAAAACACCGUUAAUAAUCAGCAGAAGGAUGAAGCAAGUGAAGCAGCAGAAGAACUAGAUGACAAAUAUUUGCUGGUUGCUGUCCCUGGCAGUGCCUACUCCUGAGUUUGGGUGGUCAUUCUUUCAAAGAGCUUCAAUGUUCUGUGUAUAUAUUUUUUGAAUGUAGUCAGUCAUGUGUUGUUGCACUCGUGCAUUGUAUACCUUUUGGUUGCGAUCUGCAACUAUGUAGUGGGUUCUGGAAUGAUUGUGGGAAGAGGAAAGGAAAUGGCAAUUUUGUUUUUGCUGCCCACUGUGGCUCUAUUAUUGGAGGCAGCCAUAGGGAAGGCGAUGUGUUUUUCGCUUUUGAAAAAUGAAAA